UAGAAUUUCUCUAAUGCUCCUCGCAUUUAUAAUUACAUUUAGGUACUUUACUGAGUUGUGAAAAUUCAAGUUUCAAUUUCUGCGCUUCAUGAAAUAUCGAUAGAUUGCCAACAUCUAGGAAUUUAUCAAGUUUUGCAGUUGGUAAUUUUGAUUCGGUUCAACCUGGUUCAACUUUUCAUUAUUCAGUUUCGCGCUUUGAAAUCUCUGGAUGUAUUUGGUUUGUUGUCGUUGAAUCGUGUUAUUGAUCUCGAUUUAUUUAUCAGAAUAAAAUGUAUCGAAAUAGACCUGUCAAGGGAUUUGUAUCCCCUUUCAUUCAAUCACGGACGAACAAUGAGAAAUGUAAGAAAGAGGUAUCCGUGUGUCGGGAAGAGGAGGUACCAAGCGAUUUAGUGAAAAAGCCUUUUCGAAGUAACUCGCAAAUUUUAAACUUAUUUGAGGAGGAUUUGGUUCAAGAAAAUACAGUCGAGCCUGAUAAAAUCCAAGUGAAUGAUUCAUUUACGAAGCAGGAAGCUAAUUCUCCGAUAUGCGAGAAAAAGUUGGCCAUUGAUUCACCCCAAGCGACAGCAAAAAUCGUUUAUAAUGUGAUGUACGGUAAGGUAACUUCCAAGAAACAUAAAACGUGGGAAAAUGACGGUUUAUUGGAAGUGACUGGAAAAAAUGUGAUUCUUAAGGAUUUGGACAGUAAUGUCAUCGGAAAAAGUUCCAUUAAUCCAAGUAAAAUAAUAGAAGGUUCUACAUUAAUUGUAGCAAAUAAACAAGUUGAGAUUAUAGAUCAGGUAUCACAACAGUUACUUGCACCAGAGAAAAGUCUAGAAAAGACAGUAGAACUAUCACGAAAAAGAUUUAAAUCGUCGCAUACAUUUACACCCUUAUUUUCAUCAAAAGGAUUGAUGUUGAACAGUGAACCUUUAGUGAUGCCAUAUUUGAGUUCUACUGAAUGGAUGGACCAAGAAGAACAGGAAAUCUCAGUUGAUCUCUGUCUAGUGGCAAAGCUUAGAGAACAUCAACGUUAUGGAAUUGUAUUUCUUUAUGAAUGUUUAAUGGGACUGAAAGUACCAAAUUAUUUUGGUGCAAUUUUAGCUGAUGAAAUGGGCCUUGGCAAAACUUUACAAUGUAUCUCAUUAAUCUGGACAAUGUUGAAAAAAGGUCCAUAUGGCAAGCCGAUUGUGAAACGCGUGUUGAUAAUAACACCUAGUAGUUUGUGCAACAAUUGGGAAAAGGAAUUCGUGAAAUGGUUGGGCAGCCACAGAAUAUCUCCGUAUGUUGUAGAUACAAAAAAUAAACCCAAAGAUUUUAUUAAACAUCCAAAGAAUUCAGUAAUGAUUAUUAGCUAUGAAAUGUUUGUUAAGUGUCAUAUGGAGAUUAAUGAAAUCGUUUUUGAUUUGAUUGUGUGUGAUGAAGGUCACAGAUUGAAGAAUAGUAAUGUAAAAGUAGCAAAGCUGUUAUACGAGAUGGAUUGUAAAAAACGAAUUAUUUUAACAGGUACACCUAUACAAAAUGAUUUAAAAGAAUUUUAUGCAUUGAUCGAUUUUAUUAAUCCAGGCAUUCUUGGCACUGCUAUUGAAUACAAAAAUUAUUAUGAAGACCCUAUUGUCGCAUCUCAAUGUCCUUUUGCUGAUGAUGAUAUCCUCAGUCUAGGAAAUGAAAGAUCCACAGAAUUAAAUGAACUUACCAAAUCUUUUAUUCUGAGACGUACUCAAAGUACAAUAAAUAAAUAUCUGCCGCACAAAAAUGAAAUGGUGCUAUUUUGUGCUUUAUCUAAGAAACAAAAAGAUUUAUAUUCCUUUGUCACUGAUGUUUGGUUUAACAAAAUAUAUCUGGAAGACAAAAGUAAUAUACAUUUAUCUAUUAUUACUGCUCUUAAAAAAAUUUGCAAUCAUAUAAAUCUUUUUAUAAGUGAUAAAGAAAAUAUGCUACAUGACGCUUUAUCAAAGGCGUCAUACAUGUCGCAAAUAAAACGAGAUGAAAACUUUACUGAGUAUUGUGGAAAAGUCACAAUUCUACAGACCCUAAUGAGAAAUCUAAAAAAGACUGAUGAGAAGUUGGUAUUAGUCUCUUAUUACACACAGACACUUGAUCUUCUUGAGACUAUAUGCGACAUGGAAAAAUUAAAAUUCUUAAGAUUAGAUGGUACUACUUCAACCUCUACACGAUCGAAGAUUACUGAACAAUUUAAUAUGCAAACUGAUGAUAGUAAAGUUCUUUUGCUAAGUGCUAAGGCAGGUGGUGUUGGUUUGAAUUUAUCUGGAGCAUCUAGACUUGUAUUAUUUGAUUCUGAUUGGAAUCCUGCAUCUGAUAUGCAAGCAAUGGCAAGGAUCUGGCGAGAUGGGCAAAAGAGGAACGUUUAUAUUUAUAGAUUACUGACUACAGGUACAAUAGAAGAGAAGAUAUAUCAAAGACAAAUUAGCAAAGCUAAUCUGAGUGAGUCUGUGGUGGAUCUAAAUCACCUUGGAUCUCUAAAGUUGUCAACUGCGGAACUAAAAGACUUAUUUACGCUGGCAAGCGAUACAAUCUCAUUAACACAUGAUUUAAUGAAUUGCCCUUGUUCUGGUCAGAAUGAACAUAUACCUUCUGAAGAAGUAAAAGAGAGAGAACAGAUGCGAGAUUGUCAGUUUACAUUGAAUGACAAACCAUCUCAACAAAAUUUAACUAUAAAUCAGCUUCGAGAUUGGCAACAUUAUAAACAGCCAAUUCCAUCUGACAUCAUGCAGGAUAUGUUAAUAGAAAGUGAUAAUAUAACAUUUAUAUUUAAAAAUUCUACAAUACAAAAAAUUUAAUUAAAUGACAAAAAAUGAUAUAAAUUAUGUACAAAUUAUAAAUUUAUAUAUUUUAUUUUUGUUAUAAUAUUAUGUAUUUUAUACAAAUAGUACAUUGUGAAUACAUUUUGAGACAUAAAAUUCAGUAUUUGUAGUUUAUUAAAAGAUGUAAAUCAUUUCAAUAAAUUUAAAGCUUAUUUUUUCGUGA